CAGCAGCCAUGCAAGGACUCGUUUUGGACACGGAGCAGAAGACAGCAUUUGUCAAAGAUAUUCCAAUACCCGAACCAGGAGCUGGAGAGGUCUUGAUACAAGUAUACACAGUCGCUCUGAAUCCAAUCGAUCCACUUUACGUACACAAUCCCCUUGGCGCAACCGGACGGACAGUUGGCAGCGAUUUUGCGGGCAUCAUCAACAAACUUGGAGAGGCUGUACCCUCAACGAGUGGCCUAAAAGAGGGACAGAGAGUCGCGGGGUUUCUGCAAGGAGCAUGCAGUGUUAACGAAAGGCCAGGCUCCUUUGCGGAGUAUGCAGUUGCCCCAUGGGAUCUUGUGUGGAGAGUACCCAGUACAUUGAGCUUUGAAGAAGCGGCUACUAAAAACUUGUGCGGCCUUACUGCUGCUCAAGCAGUAUUUUUUCGACUCGGCCUUCCGGCGCCAUUCACCUGGAAAGGGAAAGAGGAGGAGGACCGGAUCAGAAAGUGGGCCAAAAAGGAGGUCUAUUUCUUCAUUGCUGGAGCAUCAACGUCAGUGGGCAUGUACGCUGCACAGUUGGUUCGUCGGUCAGCCGAAGUCAAUGGCGCAACAAUCAGACUCCUAGGUGCAGCGAGCAAACAGAGAUUCAGCUUACUGAAAAGUGAACCAUAUGGCUACGAUGACCUGGUGGACUACCGAAAUAACGAUUGGGUUGAACACAUCCGAGCACUGACUGGUGGGAAAGGGGUGGACUUUGCUUACGACUGCAUCUCCGAAGGCAACACCGUUAAAACAGUGAGCGAAACACUCAACAAUAGCGGGAACAUGGCAAUUGUGCGCAGUAGAGAAGGUAAUGCCUGGAACGCAGAGGAUCUCCCUGUCGAACCCAUCUACGGAGCUGUCUGGGAGGGCUUGGGCAUCGAGAUUCAGUACCAGGGGUUCACGGUUCCUACUUCACCUGAAGCGAGAGCCUUUGCAGUUGCUUUCUUCAAAUGGCUCUCAGAAGGAGGCGAACUGAGCGCAAACCCCGUGCGAUUGAUGCCAGGAGGUCUAGAUAGCAUUGUCAAGGAUGGAUUCUUGUUGCUAGGCCCCGGCUCAAUGGAAGAUCGGGAGCACACUCGGACCGAGUCAUGGAUGAGACCUAUAAGCGCAGAGAAAUUGGUGUAUCGAGUUGGCGAAUGGAAUUAG